CUCUAUUCCUCUUCUUCUCCUCCCGUCUCUCUCCCUCUCUGUCCUCCUCCUCCUCUCCCUUCAUCAAUCAUCCGAUUUCAUCACUUUUUCCUCUCUCUCUCUCUUCUUUCUCUCUCUGGCUGGGUGGAGAUAUUCUAUUUUUCUGCAAGAAUCUCCAAUUCCUUGCCCAGGGAAAGCCUUAAAUCCCUCUGCCCCCCUGCAACUCAGAUCUGAAGGAUUACCUCCUUCCCCUCCCCUCCCUCGAUUGAUUUCCCAGAAACUCUUCCCUCCCUUCCAUCCUUAAUCUCCCCGAAAACCCCACCUGCCCAAUAUUAUUCCUUUCCCUUUUCUCACUCCAAAGUUCCCCCCCUUUCCCCUUCCAAUUCCAUCCUCCUCCUCCCUCUUCUCCUCGUCCUCCGCCGCCGCCGCCGCCGCCACCGCCGCCGCAAUGUCGCACCGCCGACGCCUCAGCUAGGGCUUCCCUCGCGCGCCGGUUCAUGGCUCUUGCGAAGCUCUUUUUUUGGAGAGGCUUGGAGGGCAUUUUUUGAUUUUGGCGAUAGGUCGAUCGAUCUGCAAUCUUUGUUUUUCUUGGAAGAAAAGAUCCCUCUUUCGUGUGGGAUAGAAUCUCAGUUUGGAUCUGGGGGCGAGCUUCUUGAGGAUUUUGCGUUCGGAUCAUCUCUGACCCGGGGACGGAAGGGGAAAAAGUUGGUUCUGUCUCGCUUCUUGAACCCGAUUGGAUCAUGGAUCAUGUGAUUGGUGGCAAAUUUAAGCUCGGCCGGAAGAUCGGUAGCGGAUCGUUCGGGGAACUAUAUUUGGGAAUCAAUGUGCAGAGUGGAGAGGAGGUGGCAAUAAAGCUGGAAUCUGUGAAGACUAAGCAUCCUCAGCUUCACUAUGAGUCAAAAAUAUACAUGCUGCUACAGGGAGGAACUGGUAUUCCCCAUCUGAAAUGGUUUGGAGUCGAGGGAGAGUACAAUGUGAUGGUUAUUGAUCUUCUUGGACCAAGUUUGGAGGACUUAUUCAACUAUUGUAAUCGGAAGUUUUCUUUGAAGACUGUUUUGAUGCUCGCGGAUCAAUUAAUAAAUAGAGUUGAGUAUAUGCACUCACGGGGUUUUCUCCAUCGUGAUAUAAAGCCUGACAACUUCUUGAUGGGUUUAGGGCGAAAAGCUAAUCAGGUGUACAUUAUUGACUACGGACUUGCUAAAAAAUACAGGGAUCUUCAAACACACAAGCACAUUCCAUACAGGGAAAACAAGAAUCUUACAGGAACAGCUCGCUAUGCAAGUGUCAACACUCAUCUUGGAGUUGAACAAAGUAGGAGAGAUGAUUUGGAAUCUCUUGGUUAUGUGCUUAUGUACUUUCUUCGAGGAAGCCUUCCAUGGCAGGGCCUGAAAGCAGGCACUAAAAAGCAGAAAUAUGACAAGAUUAGUGAAAAGAAGAUGCUCACUCCCAUUGAGGUUCUCUGCAGAUCAUAUCCAUCUGAAUUCACAUCAUACUUCCACUAUUGUCGUUCAUUGCGGUUUGAGGACAAACCAGAUUAUUCAUACCUGAAGAGGCUAUUCCGGGAUCUAUUUAUUCGUGAAGGUUAUCAAUUUGACUAUGUUUUCGAUUGGACCAUACUGAAAUACCCACAGAUUGGCUCCAGUUCUAGAGCACGGCCAAGCAGUAAACCUGCUCUAAAUCCUGGACCUUCUGCAGAAAGAGCAGAAAGAUCAGAAAGACCUUCUGUGGGACAAGAGAUUCGAGAGAGACUCUCGGGUGCUGUUGAGGCAUUUGCUAGGAGGAAUGGCGCCAGCCAUGGCUUUCAUGGUGAUCAUUCCAGGCACAGAUCUUCAGAUGAUGCACCCUCAUCCAAGGAUGUGCAACCCGAUUCUGAGAAAGCCCGCAGUUCUUCUCGCAAUGGAAGUACUUCAAAGAGAGCAGUAAUAUCGAGCAGCCGACCAAGCUCCUCUGGUGAGCCCAGUGAUGGUCGGUCGAGCCGAUUGGUAUCGAGCAGUGGACGCCUGUCCACCACCCACAGGGUUCAACCUGGCUUCGAGUCGAAAUCGUCAUCCUUCACCAGGAACGGGGCCACAAGGGGCAGCCGGGACGAUGCACUUCGGAGCUUCGAGCUUCUAUCUCUUGGCACUAGCAAGAGAAAAUAAAUGAUGGGAUUCCGCCUGAUGGGGCUAGCAUGCAUUUUGCUGGUGCUCUAUUGUUCGCUGUAGCGUAUGAACCCAGGAAGCUAUUAUGAGACGACAUGAUUACUUUCCUUGCAAAUGUAUAUCUCCCGUUGCUGGGUUCUAUUCAGAAGCUAAAGAACCUAUUUGAAGUUCUUGAAGCAGUUUGGACUCCUUGUUCCAUCGGGAAUUGUUUCCGUCAAAAAAAAAAAAAAAAAAAAAAACACAUUAUCUGGGGCAAGAAAGCUUGAGAAAAAUCUCACAUGAGGGAAUUGUUAAUAUGUUUGAGACCGUUUGUAGCUGUAAUAAGUACCUUCUUUAAUUUCUGCUGAAGAACAUUUGUUUUAUCUAUAAGAUGCUAUGUCAAUGCCCCUCUAUGUAAUGGUGUCUUGUAUCUCUGUUCUGCAUUUGGUGGAGGAUCAUUGUUGAAUGCCUUCUUUUGGUCCAGUAGUACAAACUCUUUUAGGAUUCACAUGAUGUUACAUAAUGAACUUCAUCCUGUAUUAAUGAUGGAGAUUGUGAGGUUUAUGGUCCCUUUGAGAUCAGAGUUA